CGGAACGGACCGUGUGUGUGUGUGUGUCUGUGUGUGGGUUGGAGAACGAGAUAUAACCGAAGGUGAAGAAAAGUGCUAUGCUGUCUCGAGAAAAACCUGAAUCUUGUCCCUUUGGCAGUCGCGAGCCAGUUCUUGAAGAAACAAGUUUGGAACGAAACCGGUUCUUUUCCUCGCAGUAGUGAUUCAGUGCCAGAAAGGUGGGAAAAAGGUUCAAGAUCAAUCGAGUGAAGAAGGUGAAAAUGUCUUGAAACUGUGGAAACCUGCCUCGAGAAGAAUUGACCUCCGAUCGGUGGAGGGAGUGAAAUUCCAGUGGAUACAAUCGUUGACAAAUGUGAGAGAUUGAGAGGAGAUGCGUGUGUGUGUUCGUUGGUCGGUCAUUCAGAAAUGUCUGUGAUUAGUGCAUUUGAUAGUUUGGAUUGACAACAAAAAUUGAACAAAUUAUACAUUCAAAAUAACGAAAAUUGCCAGGCAUCCAGAGGAAUGUUGGAGGAGUGCUGCUGCAAUAGUGUUUGGUGGAUGGUAUCGGACUGUCAAGGACGAAGUGAACGAUAUCCCUAGUAAGCGAACAAUAGUGACAUUAGUGGCCCCAGGAACUGGUGUAGUGGUGAGAUCAUUCCGACCAUUCGCUCUCGCUCUCACGCGCGAAAUCGUGUGCCAACGCCGCUGACUGCGAACUUGACUCCUGCCUUCGAAACGGUGGGAGAUCCUUAUGUACUGCAGGGUGUAUCUGUGUGUGAGGUGAAGAUGGCGAGUGGUAAAACGCGAUAGGAGGAGGCGAAGGAGGUUCCAGGAGGAUGUACUUUGCCAGCUAAGGAACAAUAAGAUGCGAACGUCGAGGUUCAAAUCGUCCCCGUGCGUCUAAGACGUUGGUCGGGUUUACAGAUCGCGCUACUUUCGGGAUUCACUCUACGCGCCAACCGUCGCGAGGGUUAACACGUGGUGCAGGGGAGCGCAGGGUAUUCGGUGAGAUUGUGCGUGCAGAACAGGAAACAUUUGCCCGCGGGUGAUUGCUCUCGCAAACUCUUCUCCCGGAAUGUGGAGAAAAUCGCACCAAAAACAGUCCAUGAAAAGACUGAAAAAGUGUGAAUAAUGUGAAAAUAGUGUGUCAAUGAAUGUAAACAAAGUUACUGGGGAUGAAAAGUAUUAACCCCUAGUUAAUAGGCUGCAACGUAGCAGAAUCUAGUAAAUCAACUGUACAUUUGUAUAAAGUAUUGAAACCGUAAUUAAGUGUAAGUCAAGUAUAAGUAACUCGCAAUUUUAAAACACAUAAUCAAAAUAAUUCAACCUCUCGCGAAGAAAACAAAAAGUGCAAUAAGAAAAACGAAACUCUCUGAAAGCAAGUGAAACUAAAGAUAUCCUCCCAAAGAAAGCUCAAGAAAAAGCUAUCCUUCUUAGCGGGGCAAAGAACUAACACCACCGCAGCAAAGCCACAAGCAUAGAAGCACACACCAGAACACUUAACGCACACAUCGACAUAUGAGUUAACACGAUUACCGCCUCCUUUGCUCCUGGCCUAAGAAUAAGACAGCACAGCUUACGAUUCGUACGCACGCCGGGUGGUGGCAAAACGGAAAGCCGGGAAAAAUCCAUCUAACCUACCACCCGACCCGACCCGUAACCUCCCCCCCCCAAUGGGGUGGUGGUGGUGGUGGUGGUGUUGCUGUUGCUGCUACUGAUACGACGAGAAAACGGAGAGAUAGCAAUAAUCGAUAUCGAGGAAAGCGUCUUCCAGCGAAAGGAGGCAGCAACAAUGAAAGAAAACCCAAUGGUCGAUGUGUUCGAUGGGACGGACUUUAAUCCGGAUAUGAUUCUGUCGAACGUUUUUCUGGAUCCCGGGCUGGAUUUCAUGACCAGCAUCGAUGAGCUGAGCGAGAAUAUUAUGGCACAGGAUUUCCUGCAUUUUGGAAAUUCGCUGUUUUAUUCGGAGCAGCAGCAGCAGCAGCAGCAGCAGCCAGCGGUGGAUAACGGACAGUUGCAGGGGCUACAAAAUCAGCAGCAAUUACCGCAGCAUCAACAGCAGCAUUUGGUAGUCCCACAGCAGCCGAAAUGUGCGGUGGAACAGAAACCAUCCGAUGGAGCAAACCGGUACGAUCCGACAAUAACGACAACGGCGACGAUGAGCGCGGCAAGCGAUUAUGUAAAACAGGCGGUUGUGCCCCAAGUGGCAACGAUGGCGCCAGAGCAACCACCAAAAACCCUCAUCUCCCAAAUUGCCCAGCAGCAACAGCAGCAGCAGUCCUGCAAGUGUGAAUUCUGCGAAUAUCUCCAGGCAAAUCGGAUCAGUUUAAGUGGUUCCGGCGGGUCGGGAACGGUGGUUGGGGAAGACCACGUGUUCCAGUGCGAGUUCUGCGGGGAAGGAUUCGCGAACCAGGGCAGCUUCAAUCGGCACCGGUGUGGCAGCACCGAUAUCCAGGUGUACCGGUGUGAAUCCUGCCGGCGGGAAUACGGGACGUCCAGAACUGAAUCGAACAUCAAUGGGUUCGAGGGAAGGGGGAAAUGUGAUAUCUGCAAUAAAAACUAUGUGCAAUCAACGACAGGGGAAACGGGGGGAAUGACACUUUAUGGGCAGGUCGGACACCCUGCUCUGGCGGAAGCCAACAGCUACGCAACAGCCAAGGCUUCCGUCGUAGACAGUCCAAUGGAACAUGACCUCAGCAGUAUUGAACCGUUCGGAUCGGAGAGCGAAUGUAUUAGCGAAUUGUUAACAGAGGGUCCUUCUGCGGUGGAGUCCCAUGCAAUGACCCUUCCUGGGAAGACCUAUUUCGUGCUGGGGAACGUGGAGUUGCAGCAGAUGAACAUCGGGAUUACCAGCGGUGUUCAGAAUGCGAAAAUAAGCAGUGAAUCGAACGUGACGAGCUUGCAUCAGUACGACCAGUACGAGGACGAAGACUACUCAUCCAUGUCAGAAGAUGAAGCUAUUGUUCCAAUAGAACCCUAUGCCAAAUCCCCGAAACAGGAACAAGCCAAAACCGAGUUGCCAAUCCAGGAGACGAUCAUUGACACCAGCAGUAACGUUGGUCUUCCGUUCAGUGCGUCCACUGCUUCCGGCGCCCCUACGGAGGAGGAAGGCAAAUGUGACUCGUCCAGUAAGGGUACUGAUCCGGUACAACCAGAUCGACCGUUCAAAUGUCACAUCUGCGAGCGGUCCUAUCGCAACCACAAGAAUUUGAAGGCCCACAUCAAGGGAGCACACGAGGGCAUCCGGGCAAAUCAGUGCGAGAUUUGUGGAAAGAACUUCUCCGGCAGCAGUUAUCUGGUUAUCCACCGGCGAAGGCAUACGGGUGAACGACCCUUCAAGUGUACCACCUGUGGAAAGGCCUUCGUAGAUAGCCGGGCGCUGUCGGUGCAUACCCGGCUGCAUACGCCCGGCAAUCGGUUGAAGUGUAUGAAGUGUGAAAAAACUUUCUCUAGCGCUUCCGCGCUAACAGUGCACAACCGUUUGCAUACCGGGAUUCAUCCGUAUAAAUGUGAAAUAUGCGAGAAGACCUUCCCCCAGUACAACAACCUCAAGCAUCAUAUGAAGAAACACGAAGCGGCGACGGAACAAUUGCAGCAGCAGCAACAACAACAGCAACAAACCUCAUCACUCGAGGCGAGUUCCAGCCCGAACAGCAACAGCAGUAGUGUCGGUAGCAGUAGCUGCUCCCCGCAUCUCGAGUACAAAUGCAACGUUUGCGGUAAACCGUCCGGAUCCUCUGAGGAACUGCAGACGCAUCUGAACCAGCACUGUAAGGAUCGGCCGAAUCAAUGCGAGUUUUGCUCGAAGGUUUUCCCCCGAUCAUCCCACCUCAUCAUACACCGACGGAGACAUACGGGUGAGCGGCCGUUCAAAUGUAAAUACUGUGAAAAGGCCUUCGUUGAUUCACGUGCCCUUUCCGUACAUACGAGACUGCACACGGGAGAAAGGGUCACCUGCGACAUCUGCUUGAAAACGUUCGCCAGCAGUUCCGGUCUGAUUGUUCACCGCCGAAUCCACCUUGGGAUCCAUCCGUACAAGUGCGACUACUGCCCGAAAUCCUUCGCCCAAUCGACCGCCCUCAAGUAUCAUCUCAAGAAGCACGACACCACGAGUCUGCCUACGACAACCGACGGUUCCGAUGGCUCGGGCCGCUCGAAAAUAUCUAGCCAACACAACGACGCAAGCUUGCUCUCGGACCAUUCCUCUGACCAAUCUAAUCCUCCGACAGCAGGCAGUCCCGAACCUGCUCAACUAGCGCCACAUUCCGACCAGCAAGCAAAAGGCACCUCCGAUCACUUCAAGUGCCAAGUAUGCAACAAGAUCUUCCGAUCGGCAGAAUAUUUGGCACGACAUCGGAGGACCCACUCGGGCGAGCGACCUUUUCAGUGUGAGAUUUGUGGCAAAAACUUCAGCACUAUGAGCUACCUGGUAAUUCACCGCCGACGCCACACCUCGGAACGACCGUACAAAUGUCCACACGGGGGAUGCACGAAGGCUUUUGUGGACAGCCGUGCACUGCAGAAACACAGCCGAUCGGUGCACUCGAAGAUCCGCGUUCCCUGCGAAUUCUGCCCCAAAACAUACUCUAGUGUAAGCAAUCUGAUCGUCCACCGACGGAUCCACAGUGGCGUCCACCCGUUCGAGUGUGACAUUUGUGGACGAUCGUUCGCCCAAAAGAACACCCUCAAAUAUCACCUAAACCAGCACGUCGGCAAGCAUGACGGCUCAAAUCAGAAUCUGUAAACAGUCGCAACAGACGAAACCAAAAACCAAAAAAACCAGACCAGUAUUGAUUGUUUAGACUCCUAGUUAAACCCACAGUGAUCAAUCAACCAAAAGGAACUUUACCUAAGCAAAUAUAUGUAAGAAUCGUGAACGUGAAAGGUUCUCUGUAAUAUUUACGAAUUUUAGAAACUAAUUAUGAUGAAUCGCACACAGUCUGUGUCAAAAGAUGGUAGCAGAGGAGUAACAAAAGCAAAUGGCAUACUAAAGAAUUGUUCCUUAUUUGAAUACUUUUAAGAUAAUUUCAGAUGUAAGAUCAAGACAAAACGAAAAUCGCGAACUAAACCAAAGUAUGAUUGA